GGACAACAAACAGAAUACGGACGAAUGACAAGUGGAAUUGGUUUGGGCCCAAACAUCGAGGGAGUAGCACGCGCAGGCACCAAAACAAGUUCGGCAAACCAAGCGAUUAAUGUGCUAACUGAACGUUAUAAUAAAGCUUAGUCGCAACUUUCAGUCGGCCGUUCGGCGGGCGCCAGAAAACUUUAAAAACUCACCGGCCACUGGGCCGUAAACUUAUUUCCGAUCUGAGCUUGGAGCUGAACACAACCAACCGGACCAAAUCAGCAGUAGCAGUGGCCAUGAAGUGCACUUUGCUAACCACCUUGCUGGCGACCUUGGCGGCUUCUUCGUUGGCCGCACCCUUCGAUUUGGGUGAAAUCUUCUCGGGCUUUCAGCCGCUGGAGAAACAGGAUGUGGUCAAGCGGCAGGUGCAGGCCAAUCCCGAUGCCGAGCUGAAGCAGAUCUCCUUCCAUGGGCUGAUCGGAGAUCUGGAGGACAGUCUGUUCACGUCCGCCUUGAGCCUGCACCAGGCCAGUGCGCCGGGCAGCGAGGUGGAGGAGGUGAAGCCUGAAUCUCAGGCUGCGAUCACUGAGGGCGAGGAGCACGCGCUGACCAAGCGAUCUGAUGAGUCCACGCCGGCCACAUCAGUCGUCUCGACCUCGGACGAUGGCCUGGCACGCAAGAUUCUGCUGCAGACCACGAGAAAGGUGCCCGAUGGAGAGGAUGGUGUGCCCGCCCACUUGAUUAUCGAUCAUGUGUCCGUGCAGCCACACAAUGGUGGUGCCAUCCCACUGAUUCCCACCUUCCAGGUGCACCACACCAAGCUGAUCUCGGCCACCAUCAAGGAGGACUCCAAUAACGACAGCAGCGAUGGCAAGCAGACCAAGAUUAGCAUCACCAAAACAUCGAUUACGUCCACGGCGCCAAUUGAGAGUGUGGAGGAGGCGGUGGCCCUGGCUGGAUCUGCGACCAACACCGAGGAAGCCACCACCAAGGUGGAGACGACCACAAAGGCCGUUGAGAAGGAGGAGGCUGACAAGAGCUCCACUACCAUCUUGACCAUUGUGAGCAGCUCCACCUCCACCACCACCACCACCACCACGGAGGAGCCCAUUCAGAAGCUGAAGAAGGACGAGGAGAAGCUGAAGGAGAAGGUGGCCGAGGUGGAGGCCGAUCCUGUCAUCCUCUCGGCUCGCGUUUAAGCCGGUCGACCUCUGAACCCUCUAGCUGUAAACCUCAUCUCCAACUCAUCCCGCCACUCGAAUAUUUAUGACACGCCAAGUUCAAUUAAAGUCAUGUGAUCCGAUC